AAAUCUUCUCAUCGACCACUAAAAUUAAGCUAUAUAUCUAUAGAAAAUAUUCUCAAAUCGGUAGUAUUUUAUAUAUUAUACUUGUUAAGAUUAUUUUGACUCGUGUACUUUAUUUUAGAUUGGUUUCAAUUAAUAUGGGGUUACGUCGUAAUUAUGAAUUUUGGGCUGUUGCUCUGGUGUUGAUUUUGAGUACGUGCACAGCUCAACUUUCUUCCACAUUUUACGACAGCACUUGCCCAAAUGCUCUUUCUACCAUUCGAACUUCGAUCAGAACAGCGGUUUCGAAAGAGCGUCGCAUGGCAGCUUCUCUCAUCCGCCUUCAUUUUCACGACUGCUUUGUUCAGGGAUGUGAUGCAUCACUUUUGCUCGAAGAUUCAGACUCCAUCGUCAGUGAAAAGAGCGCUCUUCAAAACAGUGGGUCGAUCAGAGGUGAAAAUGUAAUAGAAGAUGCAAAAGCCAAAGUGGAGAGCAUAUGCCCUGGGGUCGUAUCUUGUGCCGAUAUUCUUGCCGUUGCAGCUCGAGAUGCAUCCGUUGCUGUGGGUGGUCCCUCUUGGACUGUCACGCUUGGGAGACGAGAUUCGACCACAGCAAGCAAAUCUGAAGCUGAGACAGAUCUGCCUCUUUUCACAGCAACUCUUCAACAGUUGAUUGCUUUAUUUGACCGCAAAGGUCUUACUGCCAGAGACAUGGUUGCUCUAUCAGGAUCGCAUACUAUUGGACAAGCUCAAUGCGGAUUCUUUCGUGCUAGGAUAUACAACAACCAGAGUGACAUCGAUGCUAACUUCGCUAGAACUCGCCAACGCCGCUGUCCUUCUACUGCCUCAUCUCAAGCUGAUUCAACUUUGGCACCACUUGAUUUGGUCACACCCAAUUCCAUCGAUAACAAUUACUUUAGGAAUUUGAUUCAAAAGAAGGGUCUUCUCGCGUCCGACCAAAUCCUCUUCAGUGGAGACUCAACAGAUAGCAUUGUCAAUGAGUAUAGCAAGAGCCCUUCCACCUUUAGCUCUGAUUUCGCUUCUGCCAUGAUUAAGAUGGGAGACAUCCAGCCUCUUACCGGUUCUGCUGGGGUCAUUAGAAAAAUUUGCAGUUCUCUCAGCUAAACUUCAUUCUACAUAUAUAUUGUAAUUAAACAAAAAGUUGUUAUUAUUUUAUUCUAUUCCUUGCUUAUUUCAAAAAUUGUAAACAAAAGUACUAGCUCGUGAUCAUUAUUUUGUUUUACUUCGUUAAUACAUAUACAUGCAAGUGUAAACAAUUAAGUCGAAAUUCUAAUUAUUGUUAUAAACA